UAAUGUUAAACUUCCAAAGUGCCCAUCUUCCAAAGAUCGAUAAGCGAAAUAAUAAGACUUCAAUUGAGCCAACAGUUAUUGAUGAAACAUUAAUCAUGUAAUUGUAGAAUUAUAACUGUAAGUAAAUCAGUCAAGGAUUACAAUGCAGAGAACAAAAUAACAAUGGGAGAUUAAAUAAUGUUAAAUUCUUUGCGUGUCAUGUCAUUGUCUUUUAAAAGUACAUCGAAUAUUAUGAUAAUUGAAUAGACAUUUGGAAGAUCGAGAACCUCCAGGGUUUAGAGAGAUUGGAGAAGUUACAAUUAGAUAAUAACAUAAUAUAGAAGAUAGAGAAUUUGGAUCAUUUGGUCAAUUUGCAUUGGCUUGACUUAUCGUUUAAUUUGAUCAAGGAAAUUGAGGGACUGGAUAAACUAGUCAAUUUGAAAGACUUAUCAAUGUUUAAUAAUUAAUUAACAUCUGUUGGAGGUUUGGACAAUUGCAAGUCUCUAAAUGUUUUAUCAAUUGGCAAUAAUAAAAUACCCUCCUUUGAAAUUGUGACACAAUAUUUUAGCAAAGGAAAAGGCAUGAAAUUUAAGAAUUUGCAAGUUCUGAAUGUAGCAGGAAAUCCAUUUACUAAAGAACCAGAUUAUAAAAAUCAUAUUAUUAAUUCCUUACCUAAUUUGAGAUACUUGGAUUAUAGUUUUAUUGAUGAAGCAUAGAGAAAUUAAAUAAGAGAAUCAGAUGAGAAAUUCAGAACUGACGCUAUCACUUAAGAAGACUUCUUAAAAUAGAUGCAAAAUUAAGAAUAGGAGGAGAAGAACAACAAUGACGAAUUGUUUAAAAGAAAAAGUGCAAGAAUGGAUUUGGUGGAAAAGUUAAGUGAUGAAUUAAUUUAAGAUGAAGAAUUAGAAAAAGUUAAAACUAUGAAAGGAGUCGAAGAGGAAAUAAACAAAUUCUAAGAAAAGAUUAAAGAAACUGUUGAGAAUCUUCAAAAGAAUGUUAUUCAAAAGAAUACUGCUAAAUUAUAAUCAAUUGAUGUAAGCAUAAUUAUAAUCCUAAUAGAAAUUCGAACAAGCUGUCAGAGCAAGAGAAAUCAAAAGCGAAAAUGAAACCAUUUUGACCAUCAAAAGGUUUGAACAUCAAAAGAAAUUGGCAUUCAGAGCAAAAGAGAGAAAUGAGGAAGGUUGGAAAUAGAAAUUAGAAGACUUAGAAAAAGAAACCUUAAAACUGAAGGACAAUCUACUCUCUACAGAAUUACAAUUGAUGGUGGAUAUAGAGGCAGCAUUAGGAGAUUUUGAUGGAAAGCUAGGAUUUAUAACCAAAGAUAUGUCUGAUUACGUCUCAGGAGAUCAUGGAUUUAAGAAGAUCGGAGAUUUCAUAAGGGAAUUUGGUACUAAAUUGACAGAUAUUGCCAAAUUGGAAUAUGACAGAUACUAGGUAUUUGUGCAAUAGGGAAGUGAUUUAAGUGAAUGGGAUGAAGAUCUAUAGACAGUAUACUAUUAUAAUUAUUUAGUUAUUUGAAAAUAAAGAAACACUGUUGGGUACAGUGAGUAAUAUCAAAGAUAAUUUGCAAUCUAAGGCGAAUACUAAGGUAAUAUGAUGUUUAAAUAAUUAGGAUACCAAUAUUACAACAUCGAUUGAAAGGGAUAUCAAGUUGUUGGUUACGAGUUAUAAGGAGAAGCAAUACGAAAGAAACAGAAAGAAUGUACUUCAGAUUAACAAGCAAAUUGAAGACUACACAGAUUAAAUAAAGAAUUAGCAGACACCCUCGGAUGAUGAAUCUGAAGGCAAUUGA